CUCGCUCCGUUUUGCUGCCUUUAUUCUCAACAGAAAUGUAUUUUUAACGGACUUGCUGGUGGAGGAGGGGGGCGGGAGGAUGCACCCAUAGUAGGAAUCUGCAAUCGGAUAAUUGAGCAUUAUUACCGUAACAGUUCGGGGACAGAAUGGAGGAAGCGUCUGCUACGCCGGGCCGCUGUCAGGAGAAUGUUAGUGUGAAUAUCACGCAAAUAUGAUGACAGACUGUUUCUCGGGGAAAGAAAGAAAAAAAGAAAGAAACCACAGCUGCGAUCAAGUGGCUUUCAUUUCUGGAUGUGUAUUUAUUUAACAUGUGCCUUCUUCUGCCAGCGUACAUUUCACGUUGCUUCGAGUGCUGCCAGUUGCUGUACUGAUUAUUGGUCCUGGCAGUUUUAAAGAAAAGGGACGUUGUCGAAAUAAUGCCGUGGGUUUGCAGCUGGCAUUUUAAGGUGCUGUGCAGACCCUGAGUGCUCCUUCAUCCAAAGGUGCAGAUGCUUGUCCCUGUGCACGUGUCUUGCCUUUGCGCUGAAAAUGACCAGACUGAUGUUGGGCAGAACUCUGGAAAGAAUCUGUAAGGCCGUACUCCUCCUUUGUCUUGUGCACUUUCUCAUCAUGAUGAUCCUCUACUUUGAUGUCUAUAGCCAGAGAUUUGACAUCUUUGGUCGCUUCAAUGGACGCAACUUUUCACGAUCACAUCACUACUACUUCAAUCUGUCUCGUCCAAACAGCACCUUUCCUACUUACCUGGCAACAGGGGACCACUUUUUGGCCAGUUCAAGUCCUGAAACAAAUCACACACCAACUGUCAAACCUUUGCCUCCAUGCCCUGAAAUGCCUCAUGGUUUAGUUGGCCGUUUACUGAUUGAAUUCAGCUCCCAUAUGACACUGGAGAGAGUGCAAAAAGAAAAUCCUGAUGUAACAGAAGGAGGUAAAUACUCCCCACCAGACUGUAAAGCCAAGCAGAAAGUUGCUAUCAUUAUUCCAUUCCGGCACAGAGACCACCAUCUAAAAUACUGGCUCCACUACCUCCACCCCAUUCUCCGUCGACAGAAGAUUUACUAUGGGAUAUAUAUCAUUAACCAGCAUGGGGAAGACACAUUUAAUCGAGCUAAACUUUUGAAUAUUGGAUACAAAGAAGCACUGAAAGAUGCAGAGUAUGACUGUUUCAUAUUCAGCGAUGUGGAUCUGAUUCCUAUGGAUGACAGAAACCUGUAUCACUGCUAUGACCAGCCAAGGCAUUUUGCCAUUGCGAUGGAUAAAUUUGGUUUCAGGUUACCAUAUACUGGUUACUUCGGUGGAGUUUCUGGUCUCAGCAAGGUUCAGUUUCUCAAAAUAAACGGCUUUCCUAAUGAAUACUGGGGUUGGGGUGGUGAAGAUGAUGAUAUCUAUAACAGAAUUACACUAAAUGGUAUGAAGGUCUCACGUCCUGAUGUGCGCAUUGGUCGAUACCGAAUGAUCAAGCAUGAGCGAGACAAGCACAAUGAACCCAACCCGCAGAGGUUUAACAAAAUACAGAAUACAAAGACAACAAUGAAGCGAGAUGGAAUAAAUUCACUUCAGUACCGCUUGUUACAGGUCACAAAGUACCCUUUGUACACAAAUGUCACUGUGGACAUCGGCAAACCUCCUCCAAGGUCACCCAGAGGAUAGGACUACCCUCUGAAAUCCAGGGACUAACUCCUCUGAUUCUUCGAUGGCAAGCAAACCAAGUACCCACUCCUGCAGUAUUCCUCUCUUCUUGUCAAUCAGGGGAGCAGUUGAAACAGGAAAGCCUUAACCAAUGCCUGAAGUUCUGAGGUUUGAUGCAGGAAGAGGGGGAACUAUAGGCCCCAAGGGGACAGCACAAGCCACGUGUUUUGUGCAGCGUAUCAGAAGGCCAUUUGCUUAUCGACCUAGAGCUACUGUCCACCAGAAGCUAACUCUCAUUGUAACUGCUAGUUCUCGAGCUAAUGUUCUUUGCAGUGAUCACCACCCUGAAAAC